AUGAAGAGGUCUUCAGUAAUCUUUGGCGUACUGACAAGUUUUCUGAGCUACACGAUUGGGGUAUUUUUUGUCAGUGAGGACUUCGUAUGUGACGAACAAGUCAUACCUUACCACGCCGUAAGUCAAGCCGCGAAUGAUGCUUGUCAAGGCCUCAUUCAUGCACAAAAGGACAAAAAAUACCCAUCUGUGUACGAUGGUUCAUCAACGUUCUUCGUUUCUGACGCUAUUCUUUUCGCCUCGGCUAUUUCACGUCAAGGCGAAAUAAGCUACAGAGGACCUUCUCGAGAUCUUCGAUUAAUCAUAGACUCAAGUUGCAACUUUUUCGGAAUUGUCAUAAAAUCCAAUACCUCGCCAGAUCGACGUUGCUAUCAGCCUGCAGAUCCAUCAGGAGAACUUGAUCUUUAUGACAGCCGUGUCUCAAGAAGUCUACCUGUAUUUCGUGGUUAUAAAUGUGGCUACAAAAUAUUUGGCAAUUCGCAAGUAGAAAAGAUCCUGAAAGAGGCAUACGAAAACUCUAGUUUGUGGCAAUCCCAGGAAACUGUAAUUAGUUUCUCUAGACUUUUAGACAUUGGACAGUUAUUCGGUAGAGAAAUUUUAUUGCUUCCAAGCAAGAUUUCCUACACUCCGGAACAGUUCAAAGAAGUGACUUCAAAUCCUAGCCUCAUCGUUAUAGAUUCCGAGUACCGGUUACUAGGCAUGGUAAACAAAGUCGGCAACCAAUGGGAAAAAUGCUUAGAGCUCUGGGAAAAGGAGCCAGAACCUUUUCAGUCAGUGGAUAACACCAGAAAUUCCAUCGGAGAGUGGCUUUUCAGCGGCGUGAGGGAGUACAGAUGCGGUGAAUUUUUGUAUUCACGCGAAUCAGUCAACAGUCACAUGCAGAUGGCCUGCACGCUGAUCAGACCGCCAGAUGGCUAUAAUGGCAAGAAGUGGAAAAUAAAGCUUACACCACUGAGACUACUACCCUCUAUAAGUAGAUCUAAACUUUGGAAAAUAAAUUUGAGACUACCAGAAAAUAAUGAAUACAAUUAUGGGAAAGCUCAAAGAGUAUCAAAUAAUGGCGUUGUUAUUCUAGACCAACAAUGUAAUUUCUAUGGUGUUUUUUGGUACAUUGGUAAAGAUGUCUAUAGCUGUGACGGCCAGUCAUUUUCACUGGUAUCUUAA